AUGUCUCUCAUCACCAUAUCAGCAAUUGUCAAAGCCGACGCCUCCUUUGCUUUUCCUCCCUACGGUUUACCCACCAAUAAGAAUAUAUCAGUUCAAAAGACCACCACCACUGGACAGUAUCAAAUAACAUAUGACGGCGUUUUUGCAAGCAUGCCAGUGGUUACGGUUACACAAGCUUGGCUGGGAACUCUGGGAAGUUCUGGCGGCUCGGCUUAUGAUAACGCCGUUGUUAACGAGAUCACGAAAUUUUUGGACAAGGCGUAUACGACUAUGAAAGUGGGGGGUGGGGAUGGACAUGGGCAGUGGCGUAGCUUCACUGUUGUGCUUACUGGAUAUCAGAACGUGGACAAGAAGGAAGGAGAGGCGGGCACUGGCACGCUUCUCAACUUUUACUUCAAUUUUUGA